GUUCCAGAAGUACAGGGGACUGAAGAGUUUCCGGACUUCUCCGUGGGACCCCAAAGAGAAUCUCCCAAGGGAUUAUGCCAGGAUUUUCCAGUUCCAGGACUUUUCCCGAACCAGGAAGCACAUCUUCCGGCAAAUAGAGAAAGAGGAGACUGAAGGAGCCUCGGUUGGCUGGUACGUGACCCUUCAUGUCUGCAAUGUUCCUGUCUCAGUGAUGGAGAGCUUCAAAGAAGGGAAGCCCCUAGUCCUGUUCUCGCUGCUUCCCCACGAACAAAAGAUGUCUGUGUUGAAUUUCCUGGUGCGUCGGCAUCCGAGCAACAGCGAGCCAGUGAGAGCAAAAGAGGAGCUGAUCUUUCACUGUGGGUUCAGGCGCUUCCGAGCGUCCCCCCUGUUCUCCCAGCACACCUCAGCUGAUAAGCACAAGCUGGAGCGUUUCCUGCGCCCGGAUACUGCCCUGGUGGUGACUGUUUACGCUCCCAUCACUUUCCCUCCUGCCUCAGUGCUUCUUUUUAAACAGAGAAGUAAUGGAAUGCAUGACCUCAUUGCCACGGGUUCUCUGCUUUCCGUGGACCCCGACAGGAUCGUCAUCAAGCGGCUGGUGCUCAGUGGCCAUCCUUUCAAGAUCUUUACCAAGAUGGCUGUUGUGCGAUACAUGUUCUUUAACAGAGAGGAUGUGAUGUGGUUUAAGCCAGUGGAGCUGAGGACAAAGUGGGGUCGUAGAGGACACAUCAAGGAGCCAUUAGGGACCCAUGGUCACAUGAAGUGCCACUUUGAUGGACAGCUGAAGUCUCAGGACACGGUUAACCUCUACAAGCGUGUUUUUCCUAAAUGGACUUAUGACCCCCAUGUUCCAGAGCCCGUGCCGUGGGUGAGGAGCGAGAGCGCGCUGCCGGUGCAGGAGGUGGAAAUGGAGUAA